CUCUCGUUCUCUCGGGUGUUGCAGUGAUCUUCGUUCGCCGAGAAUUUUCUAGUUCGCGGUGUUUCCGGCGAGAAAAUGUCAUCUAUCGGAACUUCGAAGGGUAUCUUAGAGAUUGCCAAGUUCGGCGUCUAUGUGACAGUCCCGAUCGUUCUCAUGUACGCCUUCGCCAACAACUCCAAGAAUAUCCAGAAAUUCAUGGGCAAUAAAUCUUACGUGGUCUAUCCACCGGAGGGACCAAGGCCGCCUUCACCUGAAGAGUUGAGGGAGAUGGCGAGAGAGAUUGCUCGCAAGAGAAACGGUCAAUAAACAGCUGCUCUCCGAUGUGCGUCGGACUUUCUCGGCUAACUUGUACUAGUAAGAUCAUGAUGCGAGACGCGUACACAAAUAAGGCUUGUACGUGUUCUAACUUCUUAGUGAAGUCGCUGUCUCGUUCUCCUUCC